GCCGCCGACCUGCGUAGCCUUUUCUAGGCUCAGUCGCUAUCGGGGAAGGUCCUCUCGUUUGGACACCUCAGCAGCCGCCGACCUGCGUAGCCUUUUCUAGGCUCAGUCGCUAUCGGGGAAGGUCCUCUCGUUUGGACACCUCAGCAUAGGGCUCACUCCCGUCCGCACAGACUGGGCGCGACAGGGCCGACGUGCCGACAGGGAUGCAGCCAGAAUCUUGCCAUGCGGCGAAUUCGAUGCCGUGCGCCAGCAGCAAUGACUUGCAGAUGAACGCUCUGAUGGCGCUGCUAGUCGUCGUGUUUGUCCUGAGCAAGGUCACCCAGGACGAGGGGACCGCCGAAUUCUGGAUCAUCCUGAUGCCCGGGCUGACCUAUGCCAUCGGAUGUGCCAACGCACGGAAGAAGCAGGCGGAGCUCAGACUGACGCUCGCCCGCGACAUGCGGGAGAGCGGCAUGCCAGAGUCCGCGCUCGGCGCUUUUGAGGACAUGGUCAAGCAGGGGCUGACGCCCGACGAGCCGGCCUUCAACAGGGCCAUCUGCGCCUGCGCCCGCCUCGGCAGGGUCGACCGGGCCCUGCAGGUGCGCGAGCAGAUGUCCCUCUACGGUUUCUCUCCCAGCGGCGAGGCCGUCGUUGCGAUGAUUAGAGCAUGCGCCGCUGCAGGCAGGGUAGGGGAAGCGCUGGACAUCUUCGAGGAGUGCGACCAGCCCGGCUACCUCGCCCACCGAGACGCAAUCCACUGCUACAUUGAGGCGGAGAGGCUGGGGAGGGCUGUCAUUCUGCACAAGGAGAUGGCUGACUCGGACAUGCUCCCCUGCGCCAAGACAUUCCAGCGCCUGACCUGUGCGGUUCAAGAGCAGGGCUGGACCGAGAUCGCGGCCGAGCUCUCCGAGGGCUUCAGUGGCUGGGUGAAGAGGACGGGCGCGCUGGCAGACGACACCUCGGAUGCCUCCACCCAUAUCAGCGAGAAUAUGGGGGAAGUCCACUCCCAGUGAGGCGCGCAUCUCCAAAGAUCUCGAGUCGAUACCGCGAAUCACCGAACACUUCGGCAACUGCCGCAAGCCCAGCAUUACCCGAGGGGGCGCGCGCCCUUGCUGGUGGGUGGUCGCGAGACCUCUUGAGCAAGCGUCCGCCUUCCAAAAUUCAGGAGGGGGAAACCACACAGACACACGUACACGUCGAUUCCAAUGCUGUCUUGAACACUCAAUCUCCUCGUGGCUUGUUGGGGCCAUCCCCUUUAGUUGACGCGCGCCGCCUCAUCGGCGUGGGCUGGAGGGGAGGAAGGUGGGUUGGAAGAGGUGACAGGUCACCCGCUAAACCACCUACGCCGAGAGAGUCGGCCGGAUAUGGAGAGCCCGGAGAGACCAGACAGUUCGCUGAGGAAGCAUCGGUUUGCUUCUCCAAGUGCAUAAAGAAUUCGGUUUUAUCUGGUGGGUGUCUACACCCCUCUGCUUCUUUUGGCCCGCGUGCUUGCUGGCACGAUGGGCAGCCAAUCCUGGCGUUAGCAGGCCAAACCACGGCCCUCUGAUCGCUGCUGUCGAAAACUCUGUGCUGCAGCGCGGUGUUCGAUACUGGAGUUGUCCGGGAAGCAGCGUGCAUUUGCGGCCGGGGCCGAGCCUGUUUCACGCGGGGGGGGGCGCGGAAAGUUGCGCGCUGACGGCGACAGAAAGGAGCACAGUUAGUACAUCAUUUGCCUCACCCUCCCACCCAUCCUCCCCAGGGUGGAUCCACUCCUUCCUUCCUUUUCAUCUUCCCAGGGCCCGAUCCAAACGCGCCCCCCCUCAUUUCGUCGCUAUAUCAAGUGCGCCUGCCCAGUUGACACCAGAGCAUGCUUGGCAUUAGGGGGCAUGCAGAGGCAUUGGCCUCGAUGACACCCUCUUGUGAAGCUAUAUGUUCGUUCGUGCGCGUGUGCAUCAUAUUUUUCUCGUGCACGGAGUGUGGCUGCAGGAGCCUUGUAGAGGCAUCCCCAAACAGAAUACGAACCUUAGUUGCCCACACCCGAACUGGGGUUUUUGUUUUCUCUGGAUAUCCCGCGCAGG